GGAAAUUAAACCAGCCCAUAGAGAGAAAAACCUCUCUUAACGAAGAAAAACAACAACAUGGCCCCUGGUUUCUCUUCUCUUUCGAAUCUAUCUUCUUCUUUUAUCCAAUCCUUUCCUAUUUUUAUUCUCACCUUCUCCUCGUUUUUCCCGAAACUGUUCUUUUGCCCUCUUCUCUCAAUUUUAAUCCACCAAACAAAUCGAACAGUGUUCGAUAACUUUUAGAUUGCAAGUCCUGUUUUUGAUUUGGUCGGGAGAAAGAAAACUAGGGUUUUGAUGGGAACUGAUACAGUUAUGUCUGGACGAGUAAGGAAAGAUCUAUCAAAAACGAAUCCAAAUGGGAAUAUUCCUGAGAAUCGUUCUAAUUCACGUAAGAAGAUCCAACGACGGAGUAAGAAAACCCUAAUCUGUCCGGUUCAAAAACUAUUCGAUACUUGUAAGAAAGUUUUCGCUGAUGGCAAAUCUGGUACCGUCCCUUCUCAAGAAAACAUUGAGAUGCUUCGAGCCGUUUUGGAUGAAAUCAAGCCUGAGGAUGUUGGCGUAAAUCCUAAGAUGUCGUAUUUUCGAUCUACAGUGACCGGACGAUCUCCGUUAGUGACGUAUCUUCACAUCUAUGCAUGUCAUAGAUUCUCGAUUUGCAUUUUCUGUUUACCUCCAUCUGGUGUUAUCCCUCUUCACAAUCACCCGGAGAUGACUGUGUUUAGUAAGCUCUUGUUUGGUACAAUGCAUAUCAAAUCCUAUGAUUGGGUCCCUGAUUCUCCCCAGCCGAGUUCAGAUACUCGUUUGGCGAAAGUGAAAGUAGAUUCGGACUUUACCGCACCUUGUGAUACUUCUAUACUGUACCCGGCUGAUGGAGGGAAUAUGCAUUGCUUCACCGCGAAAACGGCUUGCGCGGUUCUUGAUGUUAUUGGUCCUCCAUACUCUGAUCCCGCAGGACGUCAUUGUACUUACUAUUUCGAUUAUCCGUUCUCUAGUUUCUCGGUCGAUGGAGUCGUGGUUGCCGAGGAGGAGAAGGAAGGCUAUGCAUGGUUGAAGGAGAGGGAAGAGAAGCCAGAGGAUUUAACGGUUACUGCAUUGAUGUAUAGUGGACCAACCAUCAAAGAAUGAAUGUGGAAGCAUAGCAGAAAAAAAAAACCCUUUCUUUUUCUUUGUUCUGUUAGAGUAUUUUCUUGAUUUCUGGUUGCAUAUAAAAAGAGGUUUUUGGAAGUACAUAGAAGAACAAAUCUAGUAUUUAUUAUUUUAUUUAGAUAACAGAGAACAACAAGUACACCUUUGUCGGAAUGCUGUAGUCUGUGUUUUGGUCAAAGAUCCUUACAAGUUUUGUCUUAUUAUAGCGUUUUUUAUUAUAUAUAAAACCAUAAGCU